AUGGAUUGGUCGACGAAACCACAGCAAACUCGGGAUUCAUCUCGGGGUCACGACAGAUAUCUUUAUGGUGACGCUGCCGUAGGCUCCAUUAAUAGAUCUCAAGCUAAAAAGGCUUACAAAGAGGCUGCGAAGGCUCAGCGUGAGAAAGUAGAACUGCGUGCAUCAGAAGGAGAACCAUAUGCAGAUGAAGAAGAGGAGGUAGUCCUUACAUCUUACCACCGCCCUACCUCUUAUGUUCUUAUAACGUUAAAUUUUGUGUAA